AGAGGAGGAGCCGCGCCCCAGCCGGCGUCGCCCUGGCUCCUCCCUGCACGAACCCGGCGCUUCCUCCCCCGCGCCCAAAGCUCCGGGUGGCCGCGGCCGAGCCGGGAGCCGGGAGCCGAGAGCGCUGGGCGCGGCUGCCCCGCUGCUGCCGCCGCGCUCCAAGUGUGCCCGCGGACAUGGUUUCCGCGGCGGCGUCGGGCGCCUAAGCCCCGGGACGCGAGCACUGGAGGCAGGCGGCCGGCUGUGCGGGCGCUCCGGAGAGGCCGACAGAAGGUGAGCGCUGUGGGCUAUGGGAUGGAUGAGGUGGAGCAGGACCAGCAUGAGGCCCGACUCAAGGAGCUGUUUGACAGUUUUGACACGACGGGCACUGGGUCCCUGGGACAGGAGGAACUCACUGACCUUUGCCACAUGUUGAGCUUGGAGGAGGUGGCCCCAGUGCUCCAACAGACGCUGCUCCAGGACAACCUGUUGGGCAGGGUGCAUUUUGACCAAUUUAAAGAAGCACUAAUACUUAUCUUGUCUAGAACUCUGUCAAAUGAAGAACACUUUCAAGAACCAGCAUCUGUGGGUGUCAGCUGCCAACAAGUAGCUCGGGUGUCUGGGUCGUUCCUGAAUACUCACAAGCUGACACACUCUCUACUGAUAAAAGGCUGCUCACCAGAAGCUCAGCCCAAAUAUGUUAGAGGUGGGAAGCGUUACGGCCGAAGGUCCUUACCUGAGUUUCAAGAAUCUGUGGAGGAGUUUGCAGAGGUGACAGUGAUCGAGCCUCACGAUGAAGAGGCACGGCCUUCACACACCACAGCCAGUGACUGCAAUGAGCACUGGAAGACUCAACGCAGUGAGGAGUAUGAAGCGGAAGGCCAGUUAAGAUUCUGGAACCCAGAUGAUUUGAAUGCUUCACAAAGUGGGUCUUCCCCUCCCCAAGACUGGAUAGAAGAGAAGCUGCAGGAGGUUUGUGAAGAUCUGGGAAUCACCCGAGAUGGCCACCUGAAUCGAAAGAAGCUGACCUCCAUCUGUGAGCAGUAUGGUUUGCAGGAUGUUGACGGAGAGAUGCUUGAGGAUGUCUUCCAUAAUCUUGAUCCAGAUGGUACAAUGAGUGUAGAAGAUUUUUUCUAUGGUUUGUUCAAAAAUGGAAAAUCCCUUACACCAUCAGCAUCUACUCCAUAUAGACAAUUGAAAAGGCACCUCUCCAUGCAGUCUUUCGAUGAGAGUGGACGACGUACCACCAUCCCAUCAGCGAUGACAAGCAGCAUUGGCUUUCGGGUCUUCUCCUGCCUGGAUGAUGGGAUGGGCUAUGCAUCUGUGGAAAGAAUACUCGACACCUGGCAGGAAGAGGGCAUUGAAAACAGCCAGGAGAUCCUGAAGGCCUUGGAUUUCAGCCUUGAUGGGAAUGUCAACUUGACGGAAUUGACGCUGGCUCUUGAAAAUGAACUUUUGGUCACCAAGAACAGUAUUCACCAGGCAGCUCUAGCCAGCUUUAAGGCUGAGAUCCGACAUUUGCUAGAGCGAGUCGAUCAAGUGGUCAGAGAAAAAGAGAAGCUACGGUCAGACCUGGACAAGGCUGAGAAGCUCAAGUCUCUAAUGGCCUCAGAGGUGGACGAUCACCACGCGGCCAUAGAGCGGCGAAACGAAUACAACCUCAGGAAACUGGAUGAAGAGUACAAGGAACGCAUAGCAUCUCUAAAGAAUGAACUACGGAAGGAGAGAGAGCAGAUCCUACAACAGGUGGGCAAGCAGCGUUUGGAACUUGAGCAGGAAAUUGAAAAGGCAAAAACAGAAGAGAACUACAUCCGGGACCGCCUCGCCCUCUCUCUGAAGGAAAACAGUCGUCUAGAACAUGAACUUCUGGAAAAUGCAGAGAAACUGGCAGAGUAUGAAAAUCUGACAAACAAACUACAGAGAAAUUUGGAAAAUGUGUUAGCAGAAAAGUUUGGUGACCUUGAUCCCAGCAGUGCUGAAUUCUUUUUGCAAGAAGAGAGGCUGACACAAAUGAGAAAUGAAUAUGAGCAGCAGUGCAGGGUGUUACAAGACCAAGUGGAUGAACUCCAGUUGGAGCUAGAAGAAUAUCGUGCACAAGGCAAAAUGCUCAGGCUUCCCUUGAAGAACUCGCUGUCAGAAGAGCUUGAUAUCAACAGUGGUAGCAUUGAACCUGACCAGGGGCUUGGAUCUGAAGAAUGCAACCCAUUGAAUAUGAGCAUUGAGGCAGAGUUGGUCAUCGAACAGAUGAAAGAACAACAUCACAGAGACUUGUGUCGCCUAAGAUUGGAGCUUGAAGAUAAAGUGCACCAUUAUGAAAAGCAGCUAGAUGAAACCAAGAUCACCUGUGAAAAGGAGCAAGAGAACAUAAAGCAAAAGUAUGAGAAUGAAAUGCACACUUUGGAAAAACAAAUAGCUAACCUUAAAAAUGAAAUUACAGAACUUCAGGAGCAGGCAGUGGUGCUAAAGGAGACACAACAAGAGAUUACCUGCAGGCAUGAGAAGGAGAAGAAACAACUGCAGGUGAAGUUUGAUGAGGAAGAGGCUCGUUUGCAGGAAAAGCUGCGACUGGAACAUGAGGUAGAGCUUGAGGCUCGGAUGGAACAGGUGGAGGAAAGCUUUAACCAAGACAAGGAAGGACUCGUUCAAAAUGGCGGCUGGACAGAAGAGAAGGUGAGAGAUUUGACUCAGGAACUAGAGCAAUUUCACCAGGAGCAGCUGAAAAGCCUGGUAGAGAAGCAUACUCUUGAGAAAGAGGAGUUGCAAAAAGAGCUCUUAGAAAAGCACCAAAGGGAACUUCAAGAGGGAAGGGAAAAAAUGGAAACUGAGUGUAAUAGAAGAGCCUCUCAGAUAGAAGCCCAGUUUCAGGCUGAUUGCCAGAAAGUCACUGAACGAUGUGAAGAUGCUCUGCGAAGCCUGGAGGAGCACUACCGCCAAGAGCUGAAGGACCUCCUGGAACAACAAGGUGAAGAGAAAUCCCAGUGGGAGUUUGAAAAGGAUGAGCUCACUCAGGAGUGUGCAGAAGCCCAGGAGCAGCUUAAAGACGCUCUUCAAAGAGAGAAAGCAACUUCUCUAGUCCUGUCCCAGGAGAGAGAGAUGCUGGAGAAAACAUACACAGAACAUUUGAACAGUAUGGUAGUUGAGAGAGAGCAGCUACUCAAAGACCUGGAAGAGCUAAGAAAUGUGUCUCAAAGUCAGCAAAGCCUGCUGUCUGACCAGAUACUUGAGCUGAAGAGCAAUCACGAAAGAGAGCUGAAGGACUGCGAGCAGGUCCUAUGCCAGGCAGGGGCCUUAGAGCUUCUGGCUAGCCAGCAGCUUGAGAAACUGGAAAUGGAGCAUGAGCGGGAAAGGCAGGAAAUGAUGUCCAAGCUUUUGGCCAUGGAGAGCAUCCACAGAGUGACCUGUGAGAAAGCAGAUCAGGAGAGGGCUGACAUGAACAUGGAAAUCUCCAGGCUUCAGAAUAAAAUAAAGGAUAUGCAGCAGGUGGCAUCUCCUCUCUCCAAGCUUCAGAGUGGCUGCCAGGCAUUGCGGGGGAAGGAGGCAGAAGGAGAUGGAGCCAUGUCCCUGCUUCAGCAAGGGGAGCAGCUUUUGGAAGAAAAUGGAGAUGUCCUCCUAAGCCUGCAGAGAGCUCAUGAACAAGCAGUGAAAGAAAAUGUGAAAAUGGCUACGGAAAUUUCUAGGUUGCAGCAGAGGCUGCAAAAAUUAGAGCCAGGAUCAUUAAUGUCUUCUUGUCUAGAUGAGCCAGCUAAUGAAGAUUUUGGAAAUUGUGUGGAACAAGCACAGCCAUUUUUACUGCAAAACAGAAUGAAGCAAGUGGAGGGUAUGACCAUGCAGCGAGUUCUAAGUGACCUGCGAGACGACGAGGUCCAGGAUCUGGAAAGCAAAGGUAUAAGCUCUGUUCAGAGACAGGAGGCCAAAAUAGAGGAGUCUGAACCAUCAAUGGAAAGUUUUUCCGAACUUGAGAAUAGUGAAGAGACCAGGACUGAAACCUGGGACGUAAGAAAUCAGAUCAGUCAGCUUCAGGAACAACUGAUGAUCUUACGUGCAGACUGUGAUCGAGCUUCUGAAAAGAAACAAGACCUGCUUUUUGAUAUUUCUGUGCUAAAAAAGAAGCUAAAGAUGCUUGAGAGAAUCUCUGAGGCUUCUCCCAAGUAUAAGUUGUUAUAUGAAGAUGCUAGUAGAGAAAAUGACUGUCUCCAGGAAGAGCUGAAAGUGAUGGAGACACGUUAUGAUGAAGCCCUUAAAAAUAACAAAGAACUCACUUUGGAGGUUUUCAGGUUGCAGGAUGAGCUAAAGAAAGUUGAGGAAGUGACUGAAACAUUCCUUAGUCUGGAAAAGAGUUAUGAUGAGGUCAAAAGAGAAAAUGAGGAGCUGAAUGAUCUGGUUUUAGGGCUUCAAGGAAAGAUUGAGAAGCUUCAGGAAAGAUCAGUGCUGCAGUGUGACUUCUUCUCAUCAUGGGAAGCCCAUUUAGAUAACCUGGAAGUCAAAACUGAUGAAAAAGUACCUGAACUAAAUCAGACACUGGAAGAGUGUGCGCCAAAGAUAAUGAAUGUACACCAUAUGAUAGAAGAACAUAAACAAGAAAACCAGCAUCAUGAGCAGGGGAAUACACAGACCUUGGGAAAAGUAAAAGUACAUGAAGUUACCUGGUUACAGGGAGCAAUUCAGACACAUCAAGAAAAGCCAAGAAUACAGAACCAGGUUAAACUGGAAGAAAAUACUGCCCUCUUAGGCUUUCAAGACCAACAUUUUCAGCAUCAGGCCACAAUAGCAGAGUUAGAACUGGAGAAAAAAAAGCUACAGGAACUGACUAGGAAGUUGAGAGAGAGAGUCACUACCUUAGUGAAGCAAAAAGAUGUACCUUCUCAAGGAGAAAAGGAGGAAGAGCUGAAGUCAAUGAUGCAUGACUUGCAAAACACGUGCAGUGAGAUGCAGCGAAAAGUGGAACUACUGAGAUAUGAAUCUGAGAAGCUUCAAGAGGAAAAUUCUAUUUUGAGAAAUGAAAUGACUACUUUAAGUGAAGAAGAUAGCAUUUCUAACCUGAAAUUAGAAAAAUUAAAUGGAUCUGAGGAAGAAAUUUGGCAAAAAAUAGAAACUGUAGAAAAGGAAAAAGCUACAGUUCAGAAGAUGGCUGAAAAUUUAAAGAAACAGAUUUCAGAAUUAAGAGCCAAAAACCAACAGUUGGAUUUGGAAAAUAUAGAACUUAGCCAAAAAAAUUCUCAGAAUCAGGAAGAAUUGCAAGAACUUAAUCAUCGUCUGGCAGAAAUGCAGUGCCAGAAGGAAAAAGAGCCAGAACCCAGUACAUUGGAGAAUUGGGAACAAGAAAAGUCUAAUCUGAAAGAAGAACUGGAACACUGUAAAGUGCAGUCCUACACUUUAGUGUCUUCUUUGGAGGCAGAACUCUCUGAAGUUAAAAUACAGACCCAUAUUGUGGAACAGGAAAACCUCCUUCUCAAAGAUGAACUGGAGAAAAUGAAACAACUGCACAGAUGUCCUGAUCUCUCUGACUUCCAGCAAAAAAUUUCUAGUGUUCUAAGCUACAAUGAAAGACUGCUGAAAGAAAAGGAAGCUCUAAGUGAAGAAUUAAGUAGCUGUAUUGAUAAGUUGGCAAAAUCAAGUCUUUUAGAGCACAGAAUUGCUAGUAUGAAGCAAGAACAGAAGUCUUGGGAGCACCAGAAUGAAAGCUUAAAGUCACAGCUGGUGGCUUCACAGGAAAAAGUUCAGAGUUUAGAAGAUACUCUGCAAAAUAUGAACCUGCAAAUGUCCCGGAUUAAAUCUGACCUACGAGUGACUCAGCAGGAAAAGGAGGCUUUAAAACAAGAAGUGAUGUCUUUGCAUAAGCAACUUCGGAAUGCUGGUGACAAGAACUGGGCCCCAGAAAUAGCCACCUAUCAGUCAGGGUUCCACAACCAGCAGAAAAGGCUAUCUUGGGACAAGUUGGAUCAUCUAAUGAAUGAAGAACAACAGCUGCUUUGGCAGGAGAAUGAGAGACUCCAAACCGUGGUGCAGAAUACCAAAGCAGAACUCACUCACUCCCGGGAGAAGGUCCGUCAGCUGGAAUCCAACCUUCUUCCCCCCAAGCACCCAAAACAUCUAAAUCCAUCAGGUACUGUGAAACCCACAGAGCAGGAGAAAUUGAGCUUAAAGAGAGAGUGUGAACAGUUGAAACAAAGAUCUCCUACUAAUAGGAAGAUCAGUCAGAUGAAUUCCCUUGAACGAGAAUUAGAAACAAUUCAUUUGGAAAAUGAAGGCCUGAAAAAGAAACAAGUAAAACUGGAUGAGCAGCUGAUGGAGAUACAGCACCAGAGGUCCACUGUGAUGCUUAGCCCAUCCCCUCACGCUUGGGAUCUGCAGCCACUCCAGCAGCAAGCCUGUCCAGUGGUGCCCAGGGAGAAGUUUCUGCAGCUUCAACACCAGCUGCUGCAGGCAGAAAGAAUUAACCAGCACCUGCAGGAAGAACUUGAAAACAGGACCUCUGAAAUCAAUAUGCCACAGGGAAACCAUGAACAACUGGUUACUGUCAUGGAGGAACGAAUGAUAGAAGUUGAACAGAAAUUGAAACUGGUGAAAAGGCUUCUUCAGGAGAAAGUGAAUCAGCUCAAAGAACAACUCUGCAAGAAUACUAAAGCAGAUGAGAUGGUGAAGGAUUUGUAUAUUGAAAAUGCCCAGUUGUUGAAAGCCCUGGAAAUGACUGAACAGCGACAGAAAACAGCAGAGAAGAAAAAUUACCUCCUAGAAGAGAAGAUUGCCAGCCUCAGUACUAUAGUCAGGAAUCUGACACCAGCACCAUUGACUUCUCCACCUCCUCUGAGGUCAUAGCAAAACCAAAGGAUACACUCAUAUUUGUGCACUUUACUGAAAGGGAUGGAAUAUUUCAGUAGGUUCUCUCAAACCUCUUUUUAAAAUUUAUUUAUUUUUUUACCUUUAAUGGCUUAAAAUUAAGCCUAACCUAAAACUGCCAGCAACAGAAUUAGAGUCUUCAUUAUAGUUUUCCCGAAUAGACCCUUAUAGGGAUGUUGAACAACUAUUCACAUAUUUCACUGUUUAAAUUAUUCCCAACUUUGAAUUUAAAUAUAUAUAUAUUCUAAUAGCCACCAAGAAGGUGGAUAUAUGAAAACAAUUCAAGAACCUUAAAAUCCUAGUUUUGAAUGAGUUUUUAAAAAUCACUACUAUGUACAAAUCUUUGUGUAAAUUUCAGAUAUUUUAAAUGUGAGAUCUGAUUAGAACAGUUGAAUUUUAUUUAUUGUAAAACCAAAUUUAGGUGUUCUUACACAUUUAAAUACUGAAAAGUCAUUCUGUUUCUAAUAGGCUUUGUUCUUUGAAUUAAUUGGUAGACUUUAUUUGAUAAGGAAGCUGGGCUUAAUAACCACUGCAGUCAAAAAAAUCCCAAGUCCAUAUAACUCUACCUUCUAAUGCCUAUGACAGUAUUACCGCUAUUGAUGUAUUACAGUUACAAAGCUGAUUUACUCAAUUGCGCUGUUAAUUAAUUUUAAAGCUUUACUUUCUUUAAACAGCCUCUUUUUUCCUCUUAGAAAUGGGAACUUGUCUUCUAAAAAAUGGAUAAAGCCACAUUUUUAAAGCAUUUGAACUAUAGGUAAAGCACUGAAACCAAGCACUUUGGCGUAAACAGCAAACCUUAGAAGAGAGAUAAGCAAACCUCAUGUGGGGUUUUCUCUCUCCAAAGUCUUGGAGUCCAUGAACUUACUCAAGAACUCAGGGAACAAUACUUUAAACUGUCUUCCUGAACUACUGUAGGGCCUCUUUAAGAAUUUGAAAUGUACAAACCAUGUAAUGUUAUUUAUUUGUCUUAUAUAUUUACAGCCAUAGUAGAAUUUUUAUCUCUACAUUUUUAGUGAAUUUAGCAAUCUGAACAAAGGCCUUGAUAUUAGAGUGAGAAACGUCUUCUAACAUAUGAAGAAUUUUUUUGCUUGUUAUUUGUUUAAUUUAGGUCAAAAUUUUCACCCUUCUUACUCCUCUGUACCUCAAAUCUGAUCAUAAAGAUUUCUUACUGUGAUAAGCAUUGGCAUGCCAUUUGAGGUAAAGGAGUGCCAAACAGGACUUUCAUUCAGUCUCAAGACCAGAACUUUGUAAAACAGCGAAGAUUUUAAAUUGGUUGUUUUCAAAGUAGCAUCUCUGCUUCUAACCUACUUCAGCCAACAGCUGGUGGAGAACUUUCUAGGUGCAGGACACUAACAAAGCUCAUCAAAGCCACAUAUUUGAUUUCCUGGGAGAUUAAUUAGAUCAGAAACAUUUACCUGGAUGUAUUCCAGGAAGGCCAUGACCAUCUAUUUACAAGAAGUAUAACAGCAAAAUCAAACACUGCUUUAUGGGCAGGGACAUAAGAUGAAACAAACUGCCUAAGAAGUCAUCAUACUGUCAGAAACUCAAUCUCAACAGAACAAUUUCAUCAAGGGACCUCAGAGUUCCUGGGGGCCUAAUUAUCCACGAGCCCCACCUGCCAAUCCAGGAGUCCUCAUGUAAGAGCCCUGCUAAGGUGUGGUGGUUCGGGGGUUGAGAGCCCAUGCUGGUGAAGCAGACCUUUUAAUUUUUGGACAGCUCUUGUUAUCAAAAAGUUUUGGUUUCCCCUUGGAAAAAGAAUUAAUUGUAAACCUUCCUUAUAAUUAUACAUCAAAUGAUUGACAUCUGCAACAUGUCCUCCCUAAAUCUUUUUUUUUUUUCCAGUGUAGACUCAGCUACUUGUAUAGAUUUAGCUUUAUCACUUAAAACUGUGGAUAGGCCUAGGCUAAGGUCAAAAAUAAAACUAAGCAUUUGUGGUGUACUCAUGUAAUAUAUUUCAGAUUACUCAAGGUUAUUGCUAUUGGAACUAAACACCAAGCAUAUUUCUCAAAUAGCUAGUUUAGCAUGUGAUCACAUUUUUGUUGUUGUUUUUACAUUAUGGAAGAGUAUAGGUUAAUUUGUAUAUUUCCUAUACAUUUGUAUUUAUGUGUAUAUAAAAUGCUGUACAAUGAAUGAAAGUUUUAGACAGCAUUUAGAAUUCCUUUAUCCAAAACCAAAAUGCUGCUCAAAUGAAAGUUUGUUAAACCAAUAUCCAGGUGCUUAUUUUCCUGCUUUACUUCACUUACAAGAUUGUUGGAGAAAAGAAGAUAAAAAAAGAGAAGUACCUUAAAUUUACACUUUUGUGCAGCAGUUUAUUUUUGUAGACUUAAGAGUGGGAAUUUAACUGGCAAUUUAUAAAAUAGCAUAUAGCUUUUUAAAGACCUUUUAAAGAGAUUAUAUUUAUUGUUAAAAUGAAAUGUUUUGUUUUCGCUUUCAGAAUCUAGCACUCUUCAAAAUCACAAGAUAUGUGUUCUUUUAUAGGCACUUAAGAUGCUCAUUUAUUAAAAGCACUGGUUUUUAAACUUUCUUUUGACUUCUUUAAAAUAGUCCUAGAAGACAGGAUCUUCUUUUCAAGGAAAGGAACUCAAGUUUGCCUUCAUGAUAAUGAUACAUUACACUACUAAAGGAAAAUGUGUGUAGUAAAACCUACAUUAUUCUAUAUUUCUUCUGUUUUUUAGAAGCCUGAACUUCUUAAACUCAAAUUCGUGAGAGAAGUAGAAAGGGAGGGGUAGAACCAACAACAGUAUUUUGUUUUAUUUAUUUUCCUAAAACUCUUAUUAAAUCCAGAUUUUAGAAAUUGUCAUAAACGUGAAUCCUUCCCAAAAGCUUCAAGUGCAUUGCUUAUCUAUUUAACCUUUAGCAUAUUUUACAUUAACAGAUCUGGAAGUCAUAGGCUUUCGAGGUGUGGGAAGAGAUCUUACAGGCCUAGUAUUUCAAUAAUGCAUCAAUACCCAGGCAGGUAUUUUUAUGGCAGAUUUUGGUUUUUAAUGUGUGGAAAAUGAAUUUUUAGUUUUUGUGAUUCCUUUUUCUUUCUGGCUGAGCAAAGGAAAGGAGAAAGGUAUUGUUAUUAUCAGCAUAUAAAAGGUAUUCCCAAUCCAGGCAAGGCUAAAAGCUUUGGAAUAGUAUUAAACAAGUCCAGUUUUUGAAUGGAUUACCUGUAAUGACUCAUUGGAAUGAUAUAAUUAUACAAGUAAUGCCAAAUACCAAGUCAAUGCCUAUUAACUUAGUCAUUCCAUAUUUAAAACUUUUUCUUUAUAUCAUUUUUGUAUCUAUUCAACCAUUUCAUCACAGUAGUUUUGGUUUUAUGGCAUAUGUAUAGCUGUUCACUAAGAAAUCGCUAAACUUAGAUUGUGCUUUUCAGCUUUUGUGAACUAUACAAAGUUAAAAAUUUAUUAUUAUUUGGGGAGACAUUACCACAGCAUGAUUUAAAGAAAUACUGAUUUUGUGAAGGAACACCUAAGGUGGAGAGAGCCCGAGUUCAUCUAAAUUCUGUUCAGAUAAAUGUUAGUGUGUAUGUAUUUAUAUUGGCUUUGUAUAUUUCAUCUUAGCCAUUCUAUCCUAGGAAGAUUUUAAUGUGAACUUAAAAUAUAAAUAAAUAAUUUUGCAAAUU